CCAGAAGUAUGUGCACCAAGAUGGCGGACACCGGAACGUAGUAUGUGUACCAGGUUAGGCCAUAAUUUUAGGCACAAAUACUACGGGAGUCACUCGGCUAGUCCCCGAACUUGUAAUAUAACUAAAAAAGGUAAAAUAAAAAUAAAAUUAUGGCUUAACCCUAACCUGGCACACACACGAUGUUCCGGUGUCCGCCAUUUUGGUGCACGUACUUCUGGAUCGCCGCAAUUUCUCUAAGCGGCGAACUUUAGUGUAAAUCCAAAAUCAGAAUGGACCAGUCCCUGGUUAUCAUGUUAGUACUUAACUUUUUGGCGGUUUGAUUAUACCGUGCUAAUAUACAGUUUCAAUACAAACGUUGUGCAAUCCAAGACCCAAUUCUCUAUGCUAUGGGUUACAAGAAAUAGGAAACAUAGUUAUGAAUAAUUUUGAAAAGUUAGACUCAAAAUAGGAAUACUAGGAAGAAACAUGUGUGCUUGUAAUACGACCAUGUGUAUUAUGUUUGAAUUUGAUGCUUCCGUUCACGUGGUUUCUAUGCAUUCCAUAUCCGGAAUACGUGUGUACGUUUUCGUGCACAGUCAAUGCUGUAAUAUGCAAUGUUGGAAAAAAUUCUUAUGUGAAAGACAAACACAUUGACCGUAAGGAUUGUUAUCGGUUAAUUUCCUUGCAAAAGAUGUCACCAUAAAAAAUGUAACAUAUCUCUUUCAGAGGUGUCGUAAAUAUUGAAAUCCGUUUGUAACUUUUUUAAACAGCGCCAUUGCUUUUACGGAAUAGUAUUACGACGGUGCCACAGAAAAAAAAGCAGCGAAUUGCGGAUAUUGCUAUAUUCAAAUAUUUAAGAGCCUCACCAUCCUCCACGACACUUUAGUGGAAUUUCUGAGUAAAAUUGCGAAAUUCAGUAAAUGUUGUAUUAGUUUCAUCAGAACAACCCUUUGCAUUAGCUUAUGUAAGCUCUUUCUAAUCAAAGAUGUAAUUUAUCCGUUCACUUAGAUAUAAUAUUAUCAUACGAUGCCUCCAAGACUCAUCUGAGACGAGCAAAAUUAAGAAGAUGGUUCAAUUAAACAAAUUUCUUCACAUUUUCCUCCUUAUAACUUCUUUAGUUAUGUUUCUAUCAUCGAUCGUAACAAAGUCCACAUUAUUUGUAAUUGGCAACGCAUACACACAAAAUUACAAUGGCAGCAGAUGUCCGUACGUGAUAGAUGGGGGAAGUAAAAAAUAUUAUUAUCCAAGAUUUAUGGUUAUGCUUAUAUUAACGGUCUGUUUAUGUUUUCCUGACGUCGUGACGCUCGUUUAUAGUUUAUGGAAAAUAGUUGGAACAACAAAAACAAAGUUCGACAUUUCGUGGAAAGUUUGUAUUUUGGGACUAGUAUCGGAAAUUCUGCACGCAAUUGGACUGUCUUUCUUUGUUCUUAAAGUGAUUCCUAACGUUGACGUGCUUCUCAUAUGUUUGAUGUUCCCCAUUGUAGCACUUGUGCCAGCUUUUAUUAAUUUGAAAACAAAAUAUUACGACCGAUUUUGCAUGCAUGCAGAAUUCGACGUCGGACGAAAGCCACAAAAACAAGAAUUGAUUUUUGGCGCAAUUGCAGUGAUGUUGCUGCCUAUCUCCUAUAUUAUGGUAUGUUGUCUGGUGUAUAAACAAGAAAAUAUCGAUGAGGAUUUUCCAUAUACAACUUUAUAUACCGCAAUUUCAUUGCUUCUAAUGUCUUGUCGUUAUUGGCAAAACUUCGCUAAUCAUGAUAAGAAAUAUUCGAAGAUAAAUGAAUGUGAACGGGAAAUGAAUGAAGAAACGUUGGUAAUCACUCUAGCAAUCUCGUUCGUAAGAAUUUGUGUCUUAGUUUCAUUUUCCUUCUUAAUCCAUUUUGUAAUUGAUGGAAAUAGUGCUAUAAUUUCUCAAACACCACAGAAACUGUCGAUUUACAUUUAUGAUGAAAUAAAAGUUGACGAAAGAUGCUCAAGGAUCAUCACAUCACUCUGGCUGGCAGCUGCUACGCAUUGCCUCGAUUCAUUUAUAACAUUUUAUCUCAGCAGUAUGAUCUGUCAAAUAUCAGCUCCCUUUGUUUAUUGUUGGUUGCCUUCAAUCUUGGCGAUACCUGCUAUGUGCGUCCUGGCUGCAGCAUUCAAUUUUCAGCACUUUUCCAGUGAUGAAUCGGAUCUAAUGGAAUUCUUCGACCUACAUGAAAACUACACUGAUGUCAAUUAUUUCCUCAACUGGAAAACUGCGUACGAAUUCAAUAGCUCAUACGAAAUGCUGGUAAUUACUACCUUCGGAGUUAUAUCAGGGUGCAUUGGGAUUGUCUGCAUAAUCGCUCACCUGUCGAACAAAGUUCAUUUUAAAAGCGAUUAUUAUGCAAAACCGGGAUACGGAGGAAUGUUCAUAAGUGAGGAAUUAAUCUUGAACGGAAUACGUUGCAGGUACGGUCGAAUAGGUACAGCAAAAGAACUUUCUCUGGAAUAUGUCCCAUUCGUAAAUGUAUGUGUCACCAUGUGGCAUGAGACAGAACAGGAAAUGACCCAGUUACUCAAAAGUGUCAUGAGGCUUUAUCAGCAUGUGAUUGAAUUGGAAAAGACAGACAAGAACUACUUUAAUUUUGAGGUUCAGAUUUUUCUUGACGACGCCAUGGAAGCACAGAACCUAAACACUGAAAAAAAGAAAAUAAAUGAUUUCGCAAAAAAUAUUAUAACUUUGAUACCAAAACUAGCAAAUGAAUUUGAUGAAGGGUGGGGUCAUAUGUUACAAAAUAGUUUAAGUGUGAUGGAAACACCUUACGGGGGGAAGAUAAAAAUGAACACAGCAAAGGGAUUGCCGUUUAUCACUGUACACCUGAAGGACAAAACGAAAAUAAGACAAGGUAAACGAUGGUCUCAAUGCAUGUAUAUACACGCUUUAAAGCAACAAAGCAACAUUGAAAACACAUUUGUUCUGGCACUGGAUGGUGAUGUUGAUUUCGACCCGAAGUCUGUAAUUUAUCUUCUUGAAAGAAUUAAAAGCGAAAACAAAGUUGGGGCGACAUGUGGACGAGUUCAUCCGAUUGGUAAAGGUCCCGUCGUUUGGUUCCAGAAAUUCGAAUAUGCAACUGGACACUGGUUACACAAAGCAGCAGAAGACGUUCUUGGAUGCGUUUUAUGCAGUCCGGGUUGCUUCAGCCUAUUUCGAGCAACAGCUCUCCUAAACGUGUUGAACGAUUAUAGUAAAAUUGCAAAGACUCCCCUGCAAAGAAUGCAAUGGGAUCAAGGUGAAGACAGAUAUCUAUGUACUUUGUUGAUAAAAGACGGGUAUAGGAUCGAGUACUGCGCCGCGGCAGAAGUCAAAACGUUUGUUCCAGACAACUUCAAAGAACUAUUUAAGCAAAGAAGACGCUGGGGACCGUCAACAAUAGCGAACUUGUAUGAUAUCCUGUACAACGCAAAACUGAUUGUAAGAAGAAAUGAAACCAUUACAUAUUUAUACAUUUUGUUUCAGAUUGGACAAAUAGCUGCUUCGUUAUUGGGGCCAUCAACACUUCUUCUUUACGUAAAUGUGACUUUACAAUAUGUAUUUGGAUUCAACUCAAUAACAAGUUUACUGGCUUCAUCGAUACCAGUCGUGGGGUUUGUCAUAAUUUGUUACUCAACAAAAUGUGAUUUUCAAAUUUCGGCGGCACAGAUCUUGACUGUCUUCUACGCUAUGGUGAUGAUAACUGUUCUAGUUGGAGUAAUUGGACAAGUUGCAGACGAUAUUUGGAACCCGGCAUUCUUCUUUUUAAUUUUUAUGCUCGCAAUAUAUCUAGUGGCCGGUAUAUUACACCCAUCAGAAAUUUCGUGUCUAGUGUUCGGCAUACUUUACUACAUUUGUGUGCCGUGUGCCGCCAUAUUCAUUGUGGCUUAUAGCAAAUGCAACAUUCAUAAUGAAUCCUGGGGAACGAGAGAGAAGCAAAUAAUCACUAAAAAACAAAAUCCGAAAUCGAAUUACCAAAGCUACCUCCUAUCAAGUGUAGGUAAUGGAAUCAAACGUUUAUUCUGUAUCACUACGAACAUCGAAUAUAGUGAAGUUCCAGCUACUGAUACAGAAGUCGGAAAACCAAGAUUAGCAGAUACAUCGGGAGAUACAAAUGGAAUGCAGAGAGAAACGACAACGAAUGUUUCUGAUUCUACAAGUCAUUCCUGGACAGGAGACAAAUUCUUUAGUGGAAGAAAAUCAAGCUAUCUUGAAGAUAAUGAGCUUAAACUAUUAGAAGAUCAAGUUAAAAACUUUACCCCCGUUGACAAUGACGAAGAAGAAAAACGGAAGCUCAAAAUUGGUUUAAAAAAGUUACGAAAUCGAAUAUGCGCUGGAUUUUUCAUCAUCAACAUAAUAUGUAUUCUUCUGUCAUUUUCUUUAACGUUUGUCCUGGAUGAUGUCGAUAUAACUCUGUAUGACAAAUACGGAAAUCCUUUCAUGAAACAUUUGAACAGCACGACUUCAACUGACAGGUGGUACUCAAAGAAACACACGAUUCUCCGCCUACAGUGUCAUUUCAGAAUCAUACAUGGCAUCAUGAACCAUCUAUAUCAAAUGAUACGGCCAAUCAUAUCACAAUGUACCAAAAAGUGUUUGUUAGCUUCAACAAAAAAUGAUUUGAUCACAUGUCCCAAAACUGUACCAACGCGAAUAUCAUCAAUUGCUUUCACAUGUGUUCAACUGCCUUUUUCAAUUCAAUUGCAUUUGUUGUUGACUACUUGAAUAUACUAUCUGUGGUAACUAAAACA